CACACGCGUCCGUCUCUGUUCCCGCGCGGCACCAUGAAGACGACGCGGAAAUGCCGCGCGCUGCUGUCGGUGUGUCUGAACCUGGUGGCGCUGUUCCUCUCCACCACCGCCUUCAUCACCACCUACUGGUGCGAGGGAACGCAGCGCGUGCCGAAGCCCGGCUGCAGCCCGCAGCGGCGACGCAACUGCAUCGAUUACGGCGGCAACGGGACGGAGCAGAGCCGGCUCCACUACAGCUGGGAGACCGGGGACGAGCGCUUCCUCCUCCGCCGCUUCCACACCGGCAUCUGGGUCUCCUGCGAGGAGAACAUCCACGAGCCAGGUGAGAAGUGUCGGAGUUUCAUCGAUCUGGCCCCGGCGUCGGAGAGAGGUGUGCUGUGGUUGUCCGUGGUGUCGGAGGUGCUCUACAUCCUGCUGCUCGUCGUCGGCUUCAGCCUCAUGUGUUUGGAACUUUUCCACUCCAGCGACGUCAUCGACGGACUCAAGCUGAACGCCUUCGCCGCCGUCUUCACCGUGCUGUCGGGUCUUCUGGGUAUGGUGGCCCACAUGAUGUACACUCAGGUUUUCCAGAUCACAGUCAGUCUGGGUCCUGAAGACUGGAGGCCUCACAGCUGGGACUACGGCUGGUCCUUCUGCAUGGCCUGGGGUUCCUUCACCUGCUGCAUGGCCGCCUCCGUCACCACCCUCAACUCCUACACCAAGACCGUGAUCGAGUUCAGGCACAAAAGGAAGCUGUUUGAGCAGAACCUGCGCGAGGACCACAACUACCUGGACCAGGAGGCGUUCCACUUCUUCCAGGACCACUCCCUCCAGUCCAUCUCCAGCACCGUGGACGUCUACCCUGGCCACAGCAGAGCCAGACCUGGACUCAAUGUUGGUGGGCAAGGUCCAGGUCCGGGUCCGGGUCCUUGCCUCGGGCGGGGAACGAUGAGAACUGCAUCAGCUUCCAUGGAGCUGGGGGAGGACAUGGACUCUCUGGGGGAGGAGCAGUGCUGAGUCACCCACACGCUGCUGGUUUUCCCACCAGAACAUUUAAGCACAGACUCGGCAAGGAAGAGGUCGACGCCAAACGCAAGUACGUCAAAUUUAAAGGAUAUAUUCUAUAUUCACAGUAAAAAAAAAUAUAUAUAUAUAUAUAAGAAAUGAAAAUGAACAUUAAGUGUAUUUCACUGUCCUGUGUGUCGUAUUUUUAAUUUCACCAAAUGAUCUCAGUGAGGACAUUAAAGAUUUGAACGUU